AUGGGUUUGACUGGCGUUUGCUUCCAUCUGGACAGAAACAAAGCGGGUUCUUCUUAUGAGGACUCUUUACUAAGUUUGGAAUCAAAAAGUGUCAACAUCCCAACCGAAUGCAUCACCGCAUACACCCAACUCCACAAUAAGCGAGGCGCAAACAAGCCAUCCUUGCUGAUCUACAAAAUUAGCGACGAUAAAAGGUCCACCGAGGUGGAAGAGAGCUCUACUGAGAGAAACUAUGAGGCUUUUCUACAAAAACUGACUUCUUCCGUUGAUCGUGAGGGAAAUCCUGCGCCAAGGAUGUUGUACGCUGCUACGAAAGAGCAGCUCAGAAGAAUGCUUGAUGUUAAGGUCUCGAUCCAUGCGGAUGUACUAUCGGAUAUUGAGUGGAUGCGGGUUGUACGAGAGGCUAGUGGUGGGCGGCUCCAGGGUUGGUAG